AUGGAAGACUGCGCCAUGAAUUUGACUAUUAAGGGACUGAACGGAGAGGAUAUCAAAAAAUCCGAAGUGGUAAUCCGGGAGAACCGUAGGGAUUUGGAAUCCAGGGCCGAAGUUGCAGAGAAACUCCGCAGGCUAAAGAAGCGCAAAAGGAGCUGCCGAGACCCAAAUGCUAUCAAAUCACUGAAUAGCUAUUACAAGCUCAGCAAAUAUCAUCACCUAGAAAAGAAGAGGGUUAAGGCAGAAGAGAGGAGGUCUAGAUUACCCAUUAAGGCUGUAAAAACAGAUACAGGCAAAUAUUGCAUAUUGGCCAUUAGAAACAAGAGGAAGGUAGAAGGUGUGGAAUCGCAAAAGAUACUCAAACAGUUAAACUUAUCUAAGCCAAACAUUGGCAAGUUACUUAUAAACGAUUGUGAAACCCAGCAGCAGUUGCAACGAAUAAACCCGUUUAUUUACUAUGGAUUUCCUUCUCUAGACAAUCUACGCAUUUUGCUUAAAAAAAGGGGGACAUUGGUCAUUGAUGGUGAAGACAAGCCUAUUGACUCAAAUUUGCUGGUAGAAAAUUUACUGGGAAAAUUCGAAAUCAUAUGCAUUGAAGACAUUGUUUAUAGCUUAUGGAAUGGACACAAAGAGCUUCAGAUAAUCAUUGAAAAUUUGGGUUGCUUAACAUUUUGUGAUUUAGCAGCAGCCAAAGGGCUCCAAGCUCCUGCAAUACACUAUGGAAAUGGAGGUGACGAAUUUGACAGAUCCCUAUCCUUAAUAGUCUAA